AAAAACUGACGAGCUAUUUUGCGUAUAUACAAACGAAAAUACGGUCUUGACUAAACGACUCAGCUCGCUUGGCUUCAAAACUGUCGCAACAAAAUUAUUUCAAUCAAGCUGGUUUUCGCCCUCAUUUUUGAGUACAUUUCGGUUUUAACUUCAACACAAUUUCUUUCAUUUCAUUUUUUUAUUUGACUAAAAGCCUGCAACCCCACUACACGCCUCCGCUUCGACAAUGCGUCGCAUACAUAAUUCGAAUUUUGUGCCGCGAUUUAACCUCGGCAAAUGGACGUGGAAUAAAAACUUGGAGCGCUUGGAAUUUGAGCCCAUCAAAGACGCAGAAUUGGAGAAACUAGAUUAUAUUAGUACGUGUGGCUUCAAAUUCAACAAAACGCUGAAUCAAUUGGAAGAGUUAAUAUUCCUACAGGAAUUCCAGCGUUCCGAACUCACACACGAUGCGGAUGUCAUACUCGUGCAGGAUAUCAAAAAUAUUGUGCUUUUUCUGGCACCAUCCGAGACCAUCACAAAGGAUUUCGUGCUCUUUCUGCACACCUUCACUGUGGAUCGUUUUCUGCGCGCGCUCAUCAUUUACUUUGAGUACUACUUGAAGAUGGUGGAGUUCGUGUUGAUACGACGCGAUGAGAUUAGCGGCGAUAAGGCGCAAAUCCAAAGCGAGGACACCAAUGAGAUCAAGCGCAUCUACUCGUCGUAUCUCACGCAACAUCGGCUGCUGUUGGCGCGCGAGUAUAGCAUCAUUAUAGCGGGCGAUGGCGAAAUGAAGCCCUACUACCACAUUACGCCCAUCGUCAAUAUAUCGCAAUCGAUUAAGGAUAAGCGCUUUCACGAAACCUUUUUGGCCUUCUCCACACAAAUGGUGUGGAUCGCUAUGCAUCGGCGCGCCUACGACUACAUCGAUUUGGAAAUGUAUCGACUCUUUCGCUCCGAACACUUCAAGCUCAAACGCUAUGCGCACAUCAACUUCACCGAAGCCGAGGCGAACAUGCUGUACGGCAAGAAUUACAAGCGCGUCAAUUAUCGCGCACAAAACUCACCGCUCAUACAGGAGUUGGUCAAUGUGUCCACCGAGAAUUUGCCCAUACUGUGGAUUGGUGAACGUAAGUAUCGCGGCACCGAUUUGCGCAUACACCAGCUGGAGCUCGAGUACAUUGUGCCGGACAGUCAGUUGACUUUGAUCGAUGUGUGCCAUGGCAUACUCGGGCAUCCGAAGAAGAUCUACAAUACGCUGUUGAACAUCAAUUGGGAGGAGGUGCGCUUCCAGAACUAUUCGCAAGUUUAUGACCCCUACCAAUUGGUGCGUCAGCCGGCGCUGAAGAUACCGCGUAUCGAUGCGGAGAAGAUACGCAAACAUGCGCAGAAAUUCGACACCUACUAUCACGUGCGCAUGCAGUACGAGCGCGUAAGCAGAGCGGUGAUUGAUAAGUGGUGUCGUCGCGACGCCGUCAUUGCGUACUUCACCACGGAGGGCAUGAUUACGAACAUUGUGACACGCUGCGAAAGGGAGCUGGAGAGAGACUCGUAUGGUCCGAGUGUGGAGGAGAUAACGAGCAAGUUUUUGGCACGCAAGAAAUUAUUGCGGAAACUAUAGGAGAUCAGCCAUCUAACCUAUAGGAGAUUGCUCGAAGGCAGUUGGCAAGGCCUCGUAUAUUUUUCAUAUUUUUAUUAUUAUCAUUUUUUGAUGGCGAAUUGUUUUUAUCAUGAUUUCGGUAUGCACUUAUUUCAAUAAAAUUUGAGGUUAAGUACGAUUUAUUUGCAUGAAAUUUAAAUUUAACGGUAAUUGUUAACAUAAGAUUGAAGAAAACACUGUUUUAAUUCAAUAAAAUAUUUCACAAGACAGAGUUGUGACACUAUAAACGCAACCCCGUACUGAAGUCAUCUUCUAUUUACCGUUACUCUGCUCUUUGACUCUACUCUCACGUGAAAGAAUCAUCCUGACUUACAUGAAAGACAACAACAAAUGUAUCCAGUUGAAUUCUAGACAAGUGGGUAUGUGAGUACCAUGAUAAAGUGUUAACUCUCUUUGAUUUAAGCGAUGUGUUUGUUCGAUUCACCACUCGCUAAGCUUUAGUGCAACGAAAAAGGCUAGAGCCUACAUACAAAUUUAUGCUGUACUAUUUUCAGGCUUAUAUAACAAUAAAUUCAUAAACAUUUUAUAAGAAAUAAGCUUUAAAUUGUUUUCAUAUGCAAAGAACAGGCUCACCCUAAUGCAUAGUUAUCUUUUCGUACACACCGUAUGUAGGUACUUCAAU